GGGAAGGUAACUAACGGGGCCGAGGGCUGAUGGGAAGGCAAGCCUUGGUGUCAGAGACGGGAAGGGAGUGUCUUCGCCGAGCAGGAAGAAACACACCGAGGAGGAGGAGGAGGAGGAGAGGGGCCAGCGAUUGGUCUUGCAGCUUCGGGUACAGACCAGAGAAUCCUCCUGGCAUCAAGAUGUUCUUUACCUGUGGCCCCAAUGAGGCCAUGGUUGUCUCAGGUUUCUGCCGCAGUCCCCCGGUCAUGAUCGCUGGAGGCCGGGUAUUUGUGGUGCCAUGUAUCCAAAAGAUCCAGAGGAUUUCACUGAAUACUCUGACCCUGAAUGUGAAGAGCGAGAAAGUGUACACGCGGCAUGGAGUCCCCAUCUCAGUCACUGGCAUUGCCCAGGUAAAGAUCCAAGGUCAGAACAAGGAGAUGCUAGCCGCUGCUUGCCAGAUGUUCUUGGGAAAAUCAGAGCCUGAAAUUGCCCACAUCUCCCUAGAAACACUUGAAGGACAUCAGAGAGCCAUCAUGGCCCACAUGACCGUGGAGGAAAUAUACAAGGACCGGCAGAAGUUUUCUGAGCAAGUUUUCAAAGUUGCUUCCUCUGAUCUGGUCAAUAUGGGGAUCAGUGUGGUCAGUUACACUCUCAAGGACAUCCAUGAUGACCAGGACUAUCUGCACUCUCUGGGGAAAGCCCGGACAGCUCAGGUCCAGAAGGACGCCAGGAUUGGGGAAGCUGAAGCCAAGAGGGAUGCUGGCAUUAAGGAAGCCAAUGCCAAGCAGGAGAAAUUGUCCGCUCAGUUCAUGAAUGAUAUUGAAAUGGCCAAAGCCCAGCGGGACUUCGAGCUGAAGAAGGCUAUGUAUGACAUUGAGGUGAACACGCGGAAAGCAGAGUCGGACCUGGCCUAUCAGCUGCAGGUAGCCAAGACAAAGCAGAUGAUUGAGGAGCAGAAGAUGCAGGUGCUGGUGGUGGAACGAACCCAACAAAUACAGAUACAGGAGCAGGAGAUGAUUCGGAAGGAGCGCGAGCUGGAAGCCAAAGUCAAGAAACCUGCAGAAGCUGAACGCUACCGGCUGGAGAGACUGGCUGAGGCAGAAAGGUCACAGCUUAUCAUGCAGGCGGAGGCAGAAGCUGAGGCAGUCAGGGUGAAGGGUGAGGCUGAGGCCUUCGCUAUUGAAGCCAAGGCCCGAGCUGAUGCUGAGCAGAUGGCCAAGAAAGCAGAUGCCUUCAAGCAGUACCAAGAGGUGGCCAUGGUUGACAUGCUUCUGGAGAGGCUUCCAGAGAUGGCUGAAGAAAUCACCAAACCUAUGGCCUCGGUGAACAAGAUCACGAUGGUGUCGAGUGGGGCUGGAGACGUGGGUGCAGCCAAGAUGACUGGGGAGGUCCUGGAAAUCAUGAACAGGUUGCCGGACACCGUGGAGAAACUGACUGGCAUUAGCAUCUCUCAGCAGAUGAACCAAAAGAAGCCAGGAAGAAUGAACUAAAGGCAGAAGAUUUGGGGGGUGCGGUUGGAGGGAGAGAGAUCUUCCUAAGCAUGAACUCCCACUAUCCUUAGCUGUGUAUAUCCAUAUAUAGCCUUCUUCCCCACCCAGAACCCUCAUAUAAUUGCCAAACCUUUCUGGACUGAACUGUUGCAUGUUGGCCAACGAUAUUCAAAACUAUUGAGGCCUGUUACUCUGUUGUGCAGCUGUUGUGUCCCAGUUACAACCCAAAGUGGACCUUAGAAAAUGCUGGUAUCCACCGUCACUUCUAAGGUAUGGUUUUGUUGUUCCCGUCUGCGACUCAUAACCACUGUAUAUUCUGUUGUAUCCAGUUCUCUCUAAACCACCAUGUCCUUCUCUCCUGGGUUUUUCUUCAACGAAGUAAGAUUAGAUCUGCUUUCGGAAUUGCUGGGAAGAAAACGAGAAAGUUGUUCAGUGAAUGACGGUGAAAUCUGAGCACUUUCCUUUCGGAAGCUAGUUGCUGCUUGAUGCUUUGCAAUGAGCAGCUUGUAAAUGUUUGAGAUUAUGAUAGACUGAUUUAGUGUUUUCCUUAAGGAGAGUUACUUUUUAUCUGUGAAGAUACUUUGGAAAAAUAUGCUUGCAGAUCACUCUUCAGAAAAUCUAGUAUAGUCCUUCUUUGCACCAGCUAACACAAUCUAUUUUCUAUGUACAUAGUCCUCUACCAGGUCCUACAAUUUUCCCUUUUGUGCCAUAGUUGCCACAUUUUGCUAUCAUUUGUACACAUAGCAAAGCUUUAUUACUUUUCCCUACUGUCUCCAUACACAACACAUAUACACAUGUGCACUCGAUCUUAGCCAGAAGGAGUGGCUUUCCUUACUUUCAUUUUAUAAUGUAUGUUUUACAUUGGACGCCUGAGUUUACUGCAGUGUUUCUAUUUACCGAAGGCACCCUCCAGAAAGCUGGGUGAAGGGGGCUCUCAUAGUGGUGCACUGCAGAGGUUACAUGUCUACCCAAAAAUACAUAUCUGGCUGUGCCUUAUUAUCCAUUUUGCCAUCUAGAACAAUUAUGGAUUGUGGCUCAAAGAGGUGAAGAGAUAAUAUGUACAGACUUCUAGGAAUUAACAUAAACAAUGGAAUCACACAACACAUUCUUAUUUUUUCAAACCUGUGCUGUGGGUGCAUCCACAAAGUACAAAUAGUCAUCUCAAUUCUCCAUAGGGAGAAAAGCAGGUAU